UCACCAUCACAUGCAUGGCAGCAGAGCAGGAGGGCAUUCACAUGUAAGACACCUCCACCGCGAUCCGCGGCGCUUCGGCUACUCCACAGCGACCGAAACACGUUCACCGAGCCGGCAUUUAUUCCUUCAGAGCUGCAAAUCAAAGUUACCAAGGCGCUGAAACUCCUGCGGGGUUCUACUUGUCCAACAGGCGGAGCUUGACCGAGCUAACGCUGCUUUAGCCGGUGAUGAGCAGCGGCCUGUCGCUCCUGGAUACCUCGCUAAGGUUACCGGCCGGACAGCUGCACUCACAGACCUGCAGAGUUUGAGCUAACUAACCGCUCAGCAGCAGCAGCAGCAGCAGCAGCAGGACUCUCUUUGACUCCUCACCUGUCUCCUCACUUGUGUCUGCCAUCAUGGGCUUGCUGUCACAAGGGUCCCCUCUGAACUGGGAGGAAACCAGGGUGUACGCUGACCACAUCAGGAAGCAUGGCAUCAUCCAGUUCCUCCACAUCUACAACAAGGUCAAGGAACGACAGAAAGAUGUGUUGAAAUGGGGCGAUGAGGUUGAGUACAUGUUGGUGGAAUUGGAUGACAAAGAUGAAAAAGUUCGAAUCGUGUUGAAUGGCGGGGAGGUUCUGGAAACUCUUCAAGACCAGGGUGAAAAAGUAAACCCCAACCACCCCACACUCUGGAGGCCAGAGUACGGCAGCUACAUGAUCGAGGGAACUCCAGGGCAGCCGUACGGGGGCACAAUGUCGGAGUUCAACACGGUGGAGGGCAACAUGAGGAAGAGACGGCGAGAGGCCUCGUCUGUCUUGGACCAGACUGAAACCCUCUGCACCAUCACCGCAUUUCCAAGACUAGGUUGUCCCGGUUUCACCAAACCAGAGUGCCGGCCGACUCCUGUUGAAAAGGGAGUGUCAAAAUCCCUGUUUUUCCCAGACGAAGCCAUCAACAGACACCCGAGGUUCAGUACCCUCACCAGGAACAUACGUCAUAGACGGGGGGAGAAAGUUGCCAUAAAUGUGCCAAUUUUCAAAGAUAAGUGCACUCCGUCUCCAUUUGUGGAAGAGUUUCCCGAAGACGAUGGUGAAGCAGCGAGGGCGGCUCUGCCCGACCACAUCUACAUGGAUGCCAUGGGCUUUGGCAUGGGCAACUGCUGCCUGCAGGUAACAUUCCAGGCUUGUAGCAUCGAUGAGGCAAGAUAUCUGUAUGACCAACUAGCAACAUUUUGCCCCAUUGUGAUGGCAUUGAGUGCAGCCUCACCUUUCUACAGAGGUUACGUGUCGGAUAUCGAUUGUCGCUGGGGAGUUAUUUCUGCUUCGGUGGAUGACAGGACACAGGAGGAACGUGGGCUGAAGCCACUGAAAAACAACAAAUACCGGAUCUUCAAGUCAAGGUACGACUCCAUUGACAGCUACCUGUCUGGCUGCGGUGAGAAGUACAAUGACAUUGAUUUGACGAUAGACGAGGAGAUCUACAAGACGCUCCUUGAUGCAGGCAUCGACAAGCCUCUGGCUCAACAUAUCGCUCACCUCUUCAUCCGAGACCCGCUGUCCGUCUUUGAGGAGAAAAUACACCUGGAUGAUGAAAAUGAGUCGGACCACUUCGAGAAUCUUCAAUCAACCAACUGGCAGACGAUGCGGUUUAAACCUCCGCCUCCAAACUCUGACAUCGGCUGGAGAGUUGAGUUUCGCCCCAUGGAGGUGCAGCUAACGGACUUUGAGAACGCUGCAUAUGUGGUGUUUGUCGUCCUGCUCACCAGAGUGAUCCUGUCCUACAAACUGGACUUCCUAAUCCCAUUGUCAAAGGUGGAUGAAAACAUGAAAGUAGCCCAGAAGAGAAACGCUGUGCAGGAGGGAAUGUUUUAUUUCCGGAAGGACAUCUUUAAAGGAUGCAACCCAGUCCUCGAUGGCACUGCUUCUGCGCAGAACGGCUUGGAGACCGACUGCGGUAACGAGGAGUACACGCUGAUGAGCAUCGACACCAUCAUCAACGGAAAGGAGGGGGUGUUUCAAGGGCUUAUCCCGAUCCUAAACUGCUAUCUGGAAAACAUGGAGGUGGAUGUGGACACCAGGUGCACCAUUUUGAAUUAUCUAAAGCUCAUCAAGAAACGUGCCUCAGGCGAACUGAUGACCAUGGCUAAGUGGAUGAGGGAAUUUGUCGCAAAGCACCCACAGUACAAGCAGGACAGCGUCAUAACUGACAAGAUCAACUACGACCUGUUCAAGAAGUGUGACAGAAUUGGAAAAGGUGAAGAACAGUGCCCAGAGCUCUUUGGAAAUCCAGUGAACAAGUUCAAAUGAGCAACACCGGAGCAAUGCAUCGUAAUUAUACUAAAGCAUGUAAAGAGAGACCAAAUGACAGAGGUCCAACAGUAACGCAGCAGCAUGUGUGUGUAUCCAGAGAAACGCACCUGCAACAGAUAUAUGUAUAUACAUUGAAAUUUUUAUGAUUACAGAAUUAUUUUAAUAGGAUUCAGAUAAGAGAAGGUUUGUGUAAUAGAAAAUCAGAUCUGUAUUUAUUUUUGUCUGGGAAUUAACUUUAUCUGUGUGCGACUGUAAAUGUAGCAAAGAGUUGUACAGUAGUCUGCUUUUCAUCUUUGCUUCUGUAAAUACUGCACUUAUGCUCCUAGACAAUUAACAUCUGUUUUGCUCAUAGUUUUCUUUUCUUUUUCUUUUUUUUAAUAUUUGCUUUGCUCUGCUGACUUUGUAGUGGGACCUUGCAAUAUGUGUUGCAUUCAUGUGAACCACUGUUUGCUAUGUGAUGCUGUUUCAAAAUAAAUCUGUACAUCAAUUCAA